AUGUUCUGCCAAAAUAUUGCGCUCACUGAUCUGCACGCUCGUACCUCAGGAUCGUUCCAGGGUGGACGUCGGAAGCAUUCGCGGCCCUACGAGGGACGGGCGCCCGCCCUGCUACAACCUCGCCAGCGCGCUCGAACUGCGUUUCUGCGAACUUCACGGGAACGCUACGUACCCACUGACUCUUCUCCGUGUCAGUGCCCGCUCGGAUUGCGCAGUGCACUAGACACCGAAACCGAAGAGAAAGCGAUCUAUCUGGAGCUUCAAAACGGGAGUGAUGUGCGAGGCGUUGCGUUGGCCACGGAGGGCUCUCGGACGCUGGUUACACUCACACCGGAAAGAGCUGCGGAGAUCGCCGGCGCCUUUGCCCGUUGGUUGAAAGCUUCCACUGACCGACGCGAGCAGCACGACGCAGUACGAGGCGGUGUGUUUCGCGUAGCUGUCGGACGCGAUCCGAGGCUCUCUGGUCCUGCGCUCCGCGACGCGGUGAUACUCGCGCUCGCCAGCGAGGGCUGCGACGUCUACGACGUCGGUCUCGCCACAACACCGGCAAUGUUUAUGUCCACUGUGUUAGAGGAGUUCAAGUUUGAUGGUGCACUGAUGCUUACAGCCUCGCAUCUCCCUCCAGAUCGGAAUGGCCUAAAAUUCUUUACAGAACGCGGCGGCACGGAUAAGAGGGAGGUUCGCAUGUUGCUCGAGAACGCGUUUGAGCACUCGCAGAGUCGAGACGCAUAUUCCAUUGAAAAUCGACAACACAGCGGCGCUCUGGCGAAGAAAGCCGACCUGAUGGCGGCCUAUGCAGCAUACUUGCGAAGCUGCAUCGAAAAGGGGAUUCGAAAUGCGAAGAACCCAUUGAAGCCGCUAGACGGAGCGCAUAUUAUCGUUGACGCGGGCAACGGAUCAGCUGGAUUUUUUGCGACCGAUGUUCUUGCUCCACUCGGAGCUGACAUCCAGGGAAGUCAGUUUCUUGAACCAGACGGAACGUUUCCAAAUCACGUGCCGAAUCCGGAGGAUCAACAGGCGAUGAAGAUGGCGUCAGAGGCUGUUUUGAAAUCCGGAGCAGAUCUGGGUAUUGUCUUCGAUACCGACGGGGAUCGGUGUGGAUUCGUCAAUCGCGACGGCAAGCCCAUGAACCGCAAUCGAUUGAUUGCGGUGCUUUCGGCCAUUGUUCUCCGUGAGCACCCUGGCGCGACGAUUCUCACCGACUCGGUGACGAGCAACGGCCUCGCUGAGUUUAUCAGAAAGCGUGGUGGGCACCACUUCCGCUACCGCAAAGGCUACAAGAACAUUAUCGAUAAGGGUAUCGAGCUGAACCAGUCAGGAGUUGAUUGUCCCUUGGCAAUCGAAACCUCCGGGCACGGAGCAAUGCGCGAAAACUACAUGUUAGAUGAUGGUGCGUACCUCGCAGUCAAGAUUGUGUCUGAACUUAUCAACCUGCAGCGUCAGGGGGAUCACCGUGGCAUCGACAGUUUGCUCGAUGGUCUCGCGGAGCCGUUGGAAGAGAAGGAAUUCCGCUUGAACUUGCUGACCGAAAAUUACAAGGAGACAGGUAAGAUGAUCGUUGAGGCCUUUCAUGAUUUCGUGACAAGCGCAGAGGCCCCGCCAAAUUGGCGUUUGGAAAAAGAGAAUUAUGAAGGAUGGCGCGUGGCAGUCGAUGAAGGCAACGGGAGAGCGGGUUGGUUGCUGCUGCGUCAGUCGCUGCAUGAUCCACUGCUGCCGCUAAAUGUUGAAAGUGAGACACAGGGCGGUGUUAAGCGAAUCGCUAGAAUACUCUACGACUGGGCAGCGCCACGCUUUGCAUCAGUACUUGAUUUGAGUCCUCUCGAAAAGGUGCUCUUCUGA